AUGUCAUCUUCCAAACGACCCAACAAAGAAAAAACACCGGUCAGAAACACCAACACCCCAAUACCUUCAUUUGAUCAACCGAUUUUCUCACCUCCGUAUUACCACUACGGCGCAACUAAUUCAAAUGCGUUACUCGAACAAUACUCUAACGAAUACAAAACCCUACAAUUCUUAUACACGCGUCUAAUUUUAGUGGAAAAAGGGGUUGUUCUCUGGGAGCGUAGCAAAAUGGGGCCAGUAUACUAUAUAUUAGUGGCAUUGCCUUGCACAAUUGGGGCGAUUGCUUUGGCGCUUCUUCACAUAUACAGGCAUCUUUUGAAUUACACUGAACCAACAUAUCAGCGAUUCAUUGUCAGAAUAAUUUUCAUGGUUCCUGUCUAUGCAUUGAUGUCUUUCCUCUCACUUAUCUUCAACUCGAAAACAAUCUACUUCAAUUCCAUUCGAGAAGUAUAUGAAGCUUGGGUUAUAUACAAUUUCUUGUCACUAUGCCUGGAAUGGGUAGGUGGGCCAGGUGCUGUUGUUUUAAGUCUUUCUGGACGUCUUCUUAAACCUAAUUGGUGUUUAAUGACAUGUUGCUUUCCUCCAAUCCCACUAGAUGGGCGUUUCAUAAGGAGAUGUAAGCAAGGGUGUUUACAGUUUGUGAUUCUGAAGCCAAUCUUAGUGGGAGUUACAUUUGUAUUCUACGCAAAGGGGAAAUACCAAGAUGGAAAUUUCAGUGCAAAACAAUCCUACUUAUACAUCACAAUUAUAUACACCGUUUCCUACUCUAUGGCCUUGUAUGCCCUAGCCUUGUUUUAUGUAGCAUGCAGGGAUCUCCUCCAGCCAUUCAAUCCUGUUCCUAAAUUCGUCAUCAUCAAGAGUGUUGUCUUUCUCACAUAUUGGCAGGGUGUUUUGGUAUUUCUUGCUGCAAAAUCUGGAUACAUAAAAGACGCAGAAGAAGCUGCUGAAUUCCAAAACUUUAUAAUAUGUGUGGAGAUGCUUAUUGCAGCGUUGGGUCAUCUUUAUGCAUUUCCAUACAAAGAAUAUGCGGGUGCUAAUAUUGGUGGUGCUUCCCGUGGCUUUGGUGCUAGCCUUGCUCAUGCUUUGAGUUUGAACGAUUUCUAUCAUGACACUGUUCAUCAAUUUGCACCCGCUUACCACGAUUACGUACUCUACAACCACAGCAACGAUACGGGCGAUGAAGGUGCACGAAAAUAUCGCGCCCGAACUUUUGUCCCAAUCGGGUCCGAAAUGGAAAACGUUAGAAAAAACAAACAAACGUACGCGAAUAAAGGCGAUGACAUGUCACCAUCUGCAACUGCAACCACCCCCACAACCACUCCACCCUCCAAUCGCGCAAAAUCAGAAGCAAUGAAUUCUUCGUUGCUUUCAGACGCAUCGAAUUCCGCCGCUGCACAAUACGACUUCACACUAAUUGACAUGGACAGCCCGGUAAAGAAAACGGGAAAUGGUAAUUAAAGAAAUGAGUUGACCGCGUUGACCACACGUAAAAGCCGACAUUUUGGUGAUGUUGGCUUCUUAAAUUUAGGGUUUUUUUUUUUGGGAGUUGUACAUGUAGUGAAUAGUGGUGUGUCGAUUUGUUUGUGUUUGAUCCGAAAUCGAUAUAUACAUGUGGAUUUUUAUCAUUUUGUGGGUUUUUGUUAAUAGGGGAUAGAAGUGGACUAUGUCUUUCUUGAUAUUAAAACAAAAUGAAUAGUUUUCAUAUAUAAA